GCAAUGUUCCAACAUCUAGAGAAAAGCCUUCCCAGAAGAGUGGAGGCUGGUAUUGCAGCAAAGGGGGAACCAACUCCAUGAUUUUGGAUUGAGAUGUUCGACAAGCAGGUGUCCACAUACUGUUGGUCAUGUAGUGUAUCUCUAUAUCCGGCUGGCUUGUAUUUUACCCAGACAAGAGCGACCGCAGGCUUCCUUUUCUCUUUUCUGUUCCCUGGGUGUAAUGCGAUUUUCCGCACCUGAAAACGUCCUUGCUCGUUUCAUAGGCAGUCAACCCGCCUGUCGAGUCGUGCACGGCGCGCGCCUAUCGCGCCCCACUCCGUAUUUUCUAUACCUAAACAGGAGGAAGCAUGCGCCAGAGCUCGCAGGAGAGAAAGAAGAGCGUUGACAGCAGCGUCGCAUCUCCGUCUUUCGAGGUUUAAGUCAAAGGAUUACAGCAUCAAUUCUUCUCGUCCGGAGUCUAUGAAAACUUCAGUUUGAAACGGGUUUAGCAGAGGGUAGAUGGGAUCCUAUCUUUAACUGGGAGUCCUCCAUCCAACUAUCCUUCUCCUUAUCUCUCUGUCCUGUCCUGGUCUGGUGUGCAGCUUGAGGGAGCUGUGGUUCUGAUCAGAACUCUGGGAGGUAGACCCAGAGAGAGGAGCACACAGGACCUGCUAUGGCCAGCGCAGCAGACGGUAUAGGGAGCCUGAGGAGCCUGAGGAGCCUGGGACCGGAGCAGCACCUCAGUGCCCAUGACCAUGUGGUGAACGACCACGGAGCCUGGGCCACCGCCAUGAACAACCUGGGCAUCGUACCCAUGGGCCUCGGCAGGCAGCAGCUGGUCUCAGACAAACUCUUUUUCUCCUCCCUCUCUCCUCCAGAUUCUAUCUGUAUCCAGGGUUUUGAUCCAGGGCUGGGUCUCCUAGCUCCCAUCAACCCCAUGAUGGCAGGUAUAAGCCUGGUCCCCCCUCCCCCUGGUCCCCCCAUCAUCAAGGAGAUCAUCCACUGCCAGAGCUGCACCCUGUUCCCCCAGAACCCCAACCUGCCUCCUCCGUCAACACGGGAGCGGCCCCCAGGGUGUAAGACGGUGUUUGUCGGGGGUCUGCCGGAGAAUGCCAGCGAGGAGAUCAUCAGGGAGGUGUUUGAUCAGUGUGGUGACAUCAUCGCCAUCAGGAAGAGCAAGAAGAACUUCUGUCACAUCCGCUUCAGUGAGGAGUUCAUGGUGGACAAGUCUCUCUACCUCUCUGGCUACCGGAUGCGUAUUGGCUCCAGUACAGAUAAGAAGGACUCAGGGAGGAUGCAUGUGGACUUUGCUCAGGCCAGAGACGACCUGUAUGAGUGGGAAUGUCAACAGAGGCUGCUGGCCAGGGAGGAACGACACCGACGCAAGAUCCACGAAGACUUCUUCCGACCACCCUCGCCACCUCCCAUCAUGCACUUCUCAGACCACGAGGCAGGACUGCUUGCGGAGAGAUUGAAAGAUGACCAUAAGUUCAGUGAAGCGACUGCGGUCCUGUUCACGUGGAUCGACCGUGGUGAGGUCAACCGGCGGUCGGCUAAUCACUUCUACUCUAUGAUCCAGUCGGCCAAUAGCCACGUCCGGAGGCUGAUGAGUGAGAAGGCCCAGCACGAAGAGGAGAUGGAGCUAGCCAGGGAGACGUUUAAAAACGCCCUGCUGGCCAUACUGACUCAGUUCGAGCAGAUCACGGCUGUGUUCACCGCUGCCUCCAGGCAGAAGGCAUGGGACCAUUUCACUAAAGCGCAGCGCAAGAACAUAGACAUUUGGAGAAAGCAGUGUGAGGAGCUGCGGAACGCCAACAGUGAGGAGAUCAUGGGGAUUCGCCGGGAGGAGGAGAUGGAGAUGUCUGAUGACGACUCGGAUGAGAGCCCCUGUAAGAAGAUACGCAGGGAGGACAACGGUGUGUGUGUCCAGUCAGGGGCCUCACUGAGGGAGGAGAAUGACUCUCUACGCUGGCAGCUGGAUGCCUACAGGAACGAGGUGGAGCUGCUGAGGAAGGAGCAGGGCAAGGCCUGCCACCCCGACGACCCCGAACACUCCCCCAACACACACACACACCUGCUACAGCAGAGCAUGCACAACAUGCAUCAGCAACUGCUGAGUCUGCAGGAUCAGCUGAGGAGUAAGGAGGUGGAGCUGGAGCAAGCUAGAGACGAACACAGAUAUUUGGAGGGAGAGGUCCUAGCCCUGAGAGACAAGAUGCUGACUAACGGGGAUGUAGUGGUAGUGGAGGGGACCAACGGAGAAACACCUGAGAAGGUAGUGAACGGCUAUGCGACCACUCUGUACCGCAGCAGAGACAGGAGGAGUGAAGCAGCCAUGAGAGGACCCCUCACAUCAGAGAGAGAGGCUCUGCUACUGGGCAUCAUAUCUACCUUCCUCCAUGUCCAUCCAUUUGGAGCCAACAUCGACUAUCUGUGGUCCUACAUCCAGAGACUGGACACUACGGUGUCAGCGGGUGAGUUGGAGUCUCUGAUGAGUCGUCUGCCCAGUGUCUUCAGACAGGAGCUGAGUGGAGUGGGAGCCACACUGGAGAAACGCUGGAAGUUCUGUGGCUUCCAGAGCCUCGCCUCCAUGUGACACAGGGACACAAACACAUCAUAUGACCCAGGACACACACAUGGCCUGACGGACCACGUGUGGUACAGGAACAUACACACUUCCUGACCAGCCACGAAGCCUGGUGGACACAUGAAUAGAAGGCGUGUCAAAUCCACAGACUGUGUUUGAACGGUGUGUGUAUGUUGUGUAUCCAUAGACAUCCACAGUACAUGGUGAUGAUACUCAAACACAAAACAGACACUGAUGGAUAUUUCCGAGGUUAUAUCUUUGUGAGGGAAUUGCUGACACUGAGGUAGAGGGAUCCACAUGGAUCUCCACUCGAUGCUGUAUAACUAGAUCCACGGAUGUCAGCCAAGGAGGUCACAGAGCAGACAUUCUCUAUGGUAACCUAGUGACCAGACCCCAGCCAACAGAACCUCUCAUUGACUGGAGUUGUUUGUGAUGCCUAUUUCUCUGUCCCCUCUCUUUCUCUGUUCCCUCUCUUUCUCUGUUCCCUCUCUUUCUCUGUUCUUUCUCUCUCCCUGGAGCAGUUGUGUAACUGAUUUGUCAACAGCUGACUCCCACUAGGCUGGGAGGGAUCCAGGAAUAUCGGACUGCUGCAAUCGAAAUAUGGAUGGGAAUGUGGAAAAUUUGAGAAUUGUGUUACAGAUUUAUUGUUGUUACCCCUCACGUCCAGUGUGUUGUGGGACUGUUUGCUGUAAAACCCAGUUUCACACUCCAACAGGAUUGCAGCGUUAGCCAGCCUCUCUCUCUCUGUCUGUCUGUCUGUGACCCAGAACUGACUUUAGUAGCCUACUGAUGACUGGUACUGAUACUGUUGGGUUGGGACUGUACUGUAGGUCUCCACCUUUGGAUGUCUCUCUUUGCUCUGGCCUUCUGUGUCCAGUGUGUGCUGUGCGUUCUGCCACUGUUUAAUUGGUAUCUACUCAUUUAAAUUAUUAUGUUUUCUAAUGUAAUAAAAUGUUUUUAUCCAAA